AUGGAGGCAGCUUCAAAGGUAGCGACUUCAAGUCAAGGAAGAUUGAGGCAACAGUUACUAAAUAGUGAACAGGACAUAUCUAACCUAGACGAGCUGAAUUAUAUGCCUAAUCAACAACCCAGGCAGUCUCACCAAGUUCCCAUGAUGGGCAACGGUAUGGCUGGGGGAAUGGCCGCUCCUGCCGGUGGACAGGUCAGUACCCACGCUUCCAUGAGUGGGAGUGGGUCGAUCCAAUCAUUUCAGCAACAGCAAUACAUGCAAUACCAGCAGCAGAUACAACAGCAGCAGAUGCAUCAGCAACAGGUGCCACAGCAGAUUCCACAACACCAACAACGUGAACAGUACCUAAGUAAUGGAUUCGAUAUACCGAUGGUUGCUCCGAAGAAUAACAUGAAUUCGUCACGUAAGGGAUCACUUACCUCCCAAUCUGCGGUCAACAGGUUGUUUCGUAGAAAUAAACCGGGCAUGUCCACUGGUCCUAUGGAUUUCGAUGACAACGAUGGUGCUGAUAUUGGAGAUUUAUCAACGGGUAGUGUUUCCUUCGAAGACAUAAGGCAUAUGAGAGAUAAAGGUCCUUAUGGAAUGUCAGCAGUAGGGAAACCAAGUGACAGUGCGCCUAUAAUCCCAACGCUCGGAGCCGGUAAUAAUCUCAUGGGCAGAAGUGCUCAAAAUAAUAAUAUUCAAUAUAGAAAGCAAAUGAAUCAUCAAAAGAAAUUAGCAUACCUGCAAGGUGCAAGAGCAAAUUCUAUGGCAACGCUGUAUAAUCCGAUGCAAGGACAACAGCAGCCUCAUACGUAUCUGAUGCAGGCCGGAAAUAAUGGUAGAAUGAUGUCCCUUGGUGGUGGCCAACCUCAACAAGGCCCACCACGAGCCAUGUCUUUGAGCGCAAAUGCCAUGCUUCAAGGUGGACCUCGUGCUAUGAGUAUGAAUAGACCACCACCACAACAGCAGCAGCCUAUGCCCAAUAUGAACCAAUAUCCUGUAAAUCAAAUGAACGGAAUGAAUGGCUCUAGACAACAGAUUCCAACUAGGAAUGGCCAGCUCCCGAUUGGAAUAGCCAAUGGGCCAAGGGCAAAUUCCUUACAGCAGGGUAAUGGCCAAUUUCAAGGACAAGGAGCUGGACCUUAUCAGCAGCAAAAUUAUCAACAGCAGUAUGCUAGAACUGGUUCUCUUCAAAAUGGACCCAUUCCAAUGAAUAGAAACGUUCCACAAAAUUUCAACAACAAUAUGAAUACUGUUGGAAACAACGUAGGCAAUUCCCAGAUAACCCCUUCAACUUCGCAAGCGUUCCCCCCAGUGCAACAGCAAUAUCAAAAUAACAACAUCCAAAUUCCGUACAUUAAUGUUAAUCCACAGGAUCAUGUAUCUAACGAUUCACUUAUGAACGUAGUGGAAGAAGAAGAAGAGCCAAGAAGUUUGGCACCCCCAAAGAGUACUCAGAGUACUCCUGUAAUCAAUAAGUAUGUGGACAAGUCGGAAGCAGUUGCAUCACCAAGGAAUAAUAUCAGAAAAUCUAUGGAUCUUCGUGCUGCGAUAGAACAAACAGCAGCCAACAUUGAUGAAGAAGACGAUGAAGAUGUCGUUUACAAAUUCGACAAUGACGAAGAAAGUGUAUUAUCUAGACGUCCCACUUUGAACAAAAGCAACUCUAUGAGAUUAAGAAAAUUAGAUUUGUUUGACAAUGCAUCCAGUGAAGGAACUCCUCUCCGCACUGUAACUAGUGACGUCAAAUCAAAGGUGUCCCCUUCCUUCAAUAUUACUACAAAGGGCGAUAAUAGGAAUGCAGUCGAUGAUCCAGAAAACCGAGAAUCAAUGUUAUUCAACGAGGAGGAGCUAGAGUACGAUAAAGGAAGACGCUUAUCACACCGCAAUAAACUCGAAACGUUGGGAGCCAGUGCUGCAAAGGACAAUAGUUCCAAUGCUACUACUUUGACAAAAGAUGUUUUCGUAACGGCACCAGAUUUUAAUUCCCCUGUGAAAAAUUUUGACUUAAUCUCAACAGGUAAGGAAAAUACUGAAUCCCUAGACGACCAGAAUACGAAGAAUCAAGAUAGUGAAGUGGAUAUUAAGAUACGAGGAUCUCCUGUCUUGAAUGCGGUUAAGAAUCCUGCAGAGGAAGAUUUAAACACUGUUGCUGAUUCAGACUCUACAUCGAUACUUUCAAAUAGUAGAACUAAUAGCCUUGGAAGUAGGCAGCUUCAAAAACAUUCAUCAAUUCAGAACUUGGUUGCAAACACUGCUUUUAGUAAAUUCAGAAGUUCUUCUAUCAGUUCUGAGAAUGGGCUACCACCAAAUGUGAGAAGUGCUUCCUCAGCUUCACAUGGAUCCACUAAUUUCAUGUCACCGUCAGUUCGUUCAGCCAGUAAGUUCAGGAGUGAAAGUCCAUUGCCUCCAAUACCAAACAAUGAAGCGGCUGAAAAUACUAGUUUUGAAGAUAAUUUUGUCAACAAUAGUGAUAUUUCGAUUCAAGCAGGGCAGUCAUCAAAGAUCAACGAUAAGACUUUUUCAACUGUAGAAACUGCAUACGAUGUUCCAGGUAUAGACGAAAGGGAAACCGAAACUACAUCUAAAACCCAAACUGCACCCGACCCACCACUUGAAGCUGAAACUUUAUCCAAGAAGCCUGGUCGUCGUGCUCCACCCUCUUCUAUGUUGCUUCCAGUGGAAAUUAAUGAAGAGAAGAAGAGUAAGGAACAAGCUCAAGUGCCUCUGCAAAAGUUCAGUAGUAUGUUAUUGCCUCUUGAUUUGGAUAAUGAUAGAAGUUCUCCAGUAUCAUUAAGAGGAGACCCAGCGUCGGAUGCACCCGGAACCUCAUCUUCAAAGUUUUCAUCCUCCGAAAAGACUACCUUCGAUAGCUCGAAAGAUAAUAUUAACAUGUCCGAAACACUGAGUGUUUACAAUUCUUCGGACCUCAAUGACACAAUGAGCUUAAAAGAGGAUAAAAAUGUUUUAGGUUCAAUCUCUGGUUCAGCAAUUAGUUCGUCUGCUAGAGAAUCAAAUGCAGCCCUUUCCUCUUCAGCUUCAACUACUUCGGAUGUGACGAAGACUCCUAUUCUCGAAGAAAGUGAAGCUUUUGGAUCUGAGUCUAGAAAGACCACUCCUAGGAGCUUUUCUUUAAAGUCUAGAAAUAUAAUGAAUUCUCUUAAAAGAUUACCAGGAAGAAGAACUAGUCAAUCUACAUUGAAUGUUGAUGAAGAAAUAAAGGACGCUUCGUCACCUAACACAUCCAAGACUCGUAAUAGGUUUUCAAGUGGAAGCUUUAGCUCCUCUAAAAAAGAAGGACAGUCACUGCCAGCUAAGCCUUUCAAGUUUACCAAGGAAGAGCUUGCUAUCAUGAAUUGUAAUAAUGAAUUAUUGAAUGAAUUGGAAUUGGUUACUACAGAGUUGGCAUCAGCAGUACAGAGGGAACUAAGCUUAGAGAACAGACUAAGAGGCGGUUCUUCUCCAAUCAGAAAUAAAUCAAUUCAAUUGAUGUCACCAAAUGCAAAUGGUCCCGACGAUGAUUUUGGAUCAAUUAGUCAAUAUCAACAACAGAUUGCAGUUCUUCAAGAUAAAGUAAAUAAAGAACGUAGACUUAGAUUUAUCAGCGAAGAGCAUGCUCUAUUGAUGGAGAAUGGAAUAACCCCGAGUCCCAUAAAGUUGAAUUAUGAGAAAACUGAAAUAUACCGUCAAUUACUCUUGAAGAAUGAUGAGAUAAACCAACUCCAAGACAGAUUGGAGGAAUAUGAAAGAAAGUACGAAAAUAUUGAUGGCGAUCAAUCGGUCUAUGGAGACGGCAAUGAAUCGAUUAUGAAGCAUGACUCUUCUUCUCCAAUUACCAAAAACAAUACCAAUAGUAACUCUAUGUUAGAAAGCUAUAAUGAACUUUUACGGGAGAAUACAGAUUUGAAGUUUAAAAUUAUUCCUGACUUGGAGAAGAAAUUACAUCAAGAACAACUGAAGCCAGCAAAGGAACAUAGCAACAAUGGACAGAAACUGAAAAGAAACUCUCAUUAUGGCAUCAGUGGAAUGAGCAAGCAACUAUCGUUAUCCAAUGUUAGUAAUGAGCUAAGAGCUGUGGACGAUGAGGAAGACUUUUACGAUGAAGAAUACGAAUUUAAUCAAGGACAGCUUGAAAUUCAAAAAUUGAAAAAUCAAAGAGAAGAAUUGAGAGAGGUGAUUUCCAAAUUAUCCUCAGCUCAAAGCUACGAGAGCAAACUCUCCCAUGAGAAAAUUAAGGCCUUGGAAGCAAAAUUAAUGGAUGCAAAUAUGAUCAAUGAGAUGCUCAGCAAGAGAAUAGGCGGAAAUAACGGGAAUGUAACACUGGAUGAAGAUAGCGAUGGACAUUACAAAGAGAGACCGAUGAACAACACCUCGGCUUCCAAUUUAAUUUUGCAUAGUAAAGGAGCAAGGUUGCAAGGUUUCAAUGUCGUAGCAUCUACAAACACGUUAUUUGAUACGUAA